UGCAAAAUCCUAAUAGCCCACUCCUCAGGAUUUUGUUUCACCACCGUCGUGCAGAUCCAUGUAUGAAGCCUCACCUAAACCCUAAUUCAGUCAUCGAUUUCGAGAUUCGAUCGGAUGUUAACUACUAAUCCUGAAUUUGCCGCCGUUUUAACUUCCAACGUAAAUCAACUGGUUUUAAGAUUCCUCUAAGAUUUCGUUACGGGUUUUGCUGUGGAGAAGAUUUGUUGCAAUGAAGGAAGAGUGUGUGCCUGGGUCUAUAGGCGGCGGGCAGCUCUGCGGUGGCGGGAUCAGUUCGGUUUGGGAAUCUCCGGUUAAGCGGAUGGCUUUAGACGGUGCGUGUGGGGAGGGUGGUGACAGGAGUAGGACUAGCUGUAAGAGAAUCAAAACGACUCAGGUCAAUGGUUUUAUUGUUUACACCAGAACUAGGAGGACUAAAUUCACCAAGCUUAAUGAAGAAGAUGAAAAUGGUGGCUUAUCAGAAAUUAGAAUGUCAAAUCAUCUCGAGGAUUCAAAACCAACCACUGGCGGUACAGUUUCCUCAGGUGAUAUGUGUCACAACAACUCGACAGCUGAAACUAACAUCACUGUGAGUUCAUGUAUUAACAAUACACUCGUUGAGAGCUCCGUCGAGAAAGUUGCUAUGGAAGAGCGCUUAGUUACUGGCAGCUUAGCUGGAAGCCUGGGAAUUGAGAAGUUAAAAGAAGUGGAUACUAAGUCUGGCAAUAGCUCAUUAGUCGAUGUUGUAAUUGAUGACAUCCAAUUUGUAGAAAUUUUACAUGAAGCCAUUCCAGUAGAAAUUCUGCCAGAAGGAAGCCUGGAUUUUGAGGUAGGGAGAGUAGGAACUAAAGGCAGAGCCAUUAGGAAACCCUAUUGCGCGGCAGAGAAGAAUAGGCAUGGAUCUUUAAAGCGUACGACACAGAUCUAUAAAUCGUUUUUAAGAGUGAAGAAGGUAAACAAUUUAGUGCCUGGGGAUGCAGAGGUUUUGGCAGAAUCAGACUUUGACCGUGAGGGGUUAGAUGAAGAGACUCGUUCUAUGAGUCUGGCUGAUAUGUCCAAUGUAAUCCGCAAAAGGCCAGGAACAGUGAGGGAGCUUUUUGAGACCGGUAUACUCGAUGGUGUGUCGGUGGUUUACAUGGGUACUGUCAAGUCUCAAGCCUUCGGUCUCCGUGGCAUCAUUAAAGAUGGUGGAAUUUUGUGUUCCUGUUCCUCCUGUGAUUGGGCUAAUGUUAUUUCAACUUCCAAGUUUGAGAUUCAUGCUAGUAAGCAAUACAGACGAGCAUCACAAUAUAUUUGCUUCGAGAAUGGUAAGAGCCUGCUAGAUGUUCUGAAGAUUUGUAGGAACGCACCUCUACAUUCUCUUGAGGCAGCAAUUCUUGAUGCUGUUGAUAGUGUAUCUAAAGAAAAAUGUUUCACCUGUAAAAGAUGCAAAGGCGUGUUUCCUUUAUCCUCUCUUGGCCGUAGAGGGUUUCUGUGUUUGUCAUGCGCAGAGGAAGAAAGUUCUCAGGCCAGCCCUGCUGCUACAAGGACCUCAACUAGUGCUCCUGCAUGCAGAACAUCUCCGGUUAAGAGUAGACUGAAGAUAAAAAGAAAGCCAGCAGAAUCCACGUCAAAAUAUCCUGUAUCUAUAUCACCAUUUGGGCAUAGCACUCAAAAGAUCACAAAAAAGGCAUUACGUCAAGCUUUGGUUGGGAAGACUCUCAGUGCUUCUACAAAUAUAUCUUCACAAAAUAAGUGUAGAUCUAAAUUUAAGAAAAUGUUGGCCCAACAUUCCGUGACCCCUAAGGCUUUAAAAAGCGUGUCCCUUUCUGUUUCUUCAAAAAAGAGGAGUUGCAGAACAACGAGAAAGGAUCAAGGAUUGCAUAAGUUUGUGUUUGAGAAAGGUGGAUUACCAGAUGGAACUGAACUAGGAUACUAUGCCCGUGGACAGAAAUUGCUCGGAGGCUAUAAAAUGGGUGGUGGAAUAUACUGUUACUGCUGCAAGUGUGAGGUGAGCCCCUCUCUGUUCGAAGCUCAUGCAGGCUGGGCAUCUCGUAGGAAACCUUAUUUUUACAUAUAUACAUCUAAUGGUGUGUCUCUUCACGAAUGGGCAAUUACUUUCUCACAAGGUCGGAAAUAUUCUGCUAAUGAAAAUGACAACUUGUGUGUUAUUUGUGCUGAUGGUGGAAAUCUUUUGCUCUGCGAUAGCUGCCCAAGAGCCUUCCACAUAGAAUGCGUUUCCCUUCCAAGUAUUCCUCGUGGUAACUGGCAUUGCAAAUACUGCGAGAAAAAGUUCAAGAGUGAAACUGUUGGAGAGUACAAUGUUAAUUCUUCUACAGCUGGUCAACUAGAAGGAGUUGAUCAUGUUGAUCAAUUAGCUGGACGAUGCAUUCGAGUUGUCAAGAACAUGGAAGCUGAAACAAAUGGGUGUGUACUAUGCAGUGGUUCUGAUUUUUGCAGAUCCGGAUUUGGGCCACGGACAAUCAUAAUAUGUGAUCAGUGUGAAAAGGAGUACCACAUUGGAUGUCUGAGUAGUCAGAACAUUGUGGAUUUAAAGGAAUUACCUAAAGGAAAUUGGUUUUGCUCUAUGGAUUGUACGAGGAUCAACUCCACAUUGCAAAAGUUACUUCUUGGUGACGCGGAGAAGCUUUCAGAUUCUUCUUUGGAUAUAAUACAGAUGAAGCAAGAAAGAACUGGUGGUGAUCCCGUCGGUCAUCUUGACAUCAGAUGGAGACUGAUAAGUGGCAAAGUUACUUCUCCUGAAAGCCGAAUGUUGCUGUCUCAGGCAUUGGCUAUUUUUCACGAUUGCUUUGAUCCUAUAGUUGAUCCAGUUUCUGGGCACAAUCUUAUUCCGAGAAUGGUUUACGGGAAGAGUAUGCAAGGACAAGACUACGGGGGAAUCUGCUGUGCUGUUUUGACUGUGAAUGCAACUGUUGUUUCUGCUGGACUACUACGAGUAUUUGGCCGAGAGGUUGCAGAACUCCCAUUAGUUGCAACACGCAUGUGCAGCCGAGAGAAGGGCUACUUUCAAUUGCUCUUUUCCUGCGUUGAGAAGCUGCUCUCAUUCCUGAAUGUCGAAAGCAUCGUUGUUCCAGCUGCUGAAGAGGCAGAGCCCUUAUGGAUGAACAAAUUUGGGUUCAGAAAACUCGCACCUGAACAGCUCAGCAUGUACAUAAAGGUGUGCUACCAAAUGGUGAGGUUCAAAGGAGCAUCCAUGCUUCAGAAACCGGUUCAUUCACACCAAAUCAUUGACAAGAAUAUCGAAACCGGCGUAUCUUUAGAAGGAAAAUUUGAUAUGAAACAGCCUAAGGUGGAAGAUGGAUCAAUGAAUUCUUACAAAAGACUUCUGUAAAUUUUUGUAGAUGCGAAGCUAAGGUCUUUUUGUUUACUUUUUUUUUAGUGUCAUAAUUUACCUUUUGUUCAA